UUUCUUAUCUACUGCCUCCGCCGUCCUCGUCUCCCUCCCCGGAUCCAAAUCCGAAAAAUUUCCCCCUCCCCCGCGCCUCCACUCUAGCCCCAGACCUGCGCGCCUGCUGCUAGCCGUCUCCUCCCGGCCAUGGCGAACGACGACUCCCCCAAGUCCGGCGACCUCCCGCCCUACCCCGAGAUGAUCCUGGCGGCGAUCGAGGCGCUGGACGAAAAGAGCGGCUCCAACAAGACGGCCAUCUCCACCUACAUCGAGGAGAACUACGAGAACCUGCCGCCCGCGCACGCCUCGCUGCUCACCGCCAACCUCGCCAGCAUGAAGGAGGGCGGCAAGCUCGCCUUCGUCAAGAACAACUACCUCAAGCCCGCCGCCACCGCCGCCGCCGACGCCGAGCCCACCCCGAAGCGGGGCCGCGGCCGCCCGCGCAAGGACCCCAACGCGCCGCCGCCGCCGCCCAAGGACCCCAGCGCGCCCAAGCGCGGCCGCGGCCGCCCGCCCAAGGCCAAGGGCAGCCCCGCCGCCAAGAGCCCCGCGCCCGCGCCCAAGAAGGCCAAGGUCGUCAAGGAGCCCAAGCCCGCCCCCGCCCCGGCCGCCGACGCCUCCGGCUCCGCCCCCGCCAAGCGCGGACGCGGACGCCCGCCCAAGGCCAAGUAGGCACCAGCUCUCCGGCUCUCGAUUCUCGCUCCGGACGCGGUAAGAUCUUAGGCAGGCAGGCGUAACCGUGCUCUUCGAUUUCUGCUUCGUGCUGCUAAUUGUUCCUUCUCGGCUUAGUUGCCCAGUAUUAUGUGUUGUAAGCUACUAAUCCAGAUCAGUCUCUGUGUGUGUUUCUGCACAAUGGAUGUUUAGUGUUGUUGACUGCUGCUGAGAGUGACCAACUUAUUGUUUAUUA